GAUUCUUUGUUUUUUUUUGAAUUCCUUUAUUCUUUUGCAUUUUCAUUUCUUCUUCUUCUCAAGACAUAUACUCUUAAUUGUCAUCAUAGCCUAACCUUUGGAAUAUUUGAUAACUUGAUAAUGCCCAAGGGAACUAUUAUAUCACCAAAAUUCUGGGUACUUCCGGUUUUAUUGGUUAGUGGUGCGGCCUUGAUAUCUAGGUCCAAAACAUCGCCGGUCCAGCCAAAUAAUUAUGUUCUGUCAGGAGAAAAACUUGGUGACCAAGAAACCCUUGAGCGUGUUAGAAAAGAUUGGAGAAAGCGUAAUAAUGGUAUUGGAUUACGCGAUGUAGAUCGUAGUGGUGGAGGUGUCUAGGAAACACAGAUAUCUAUAUAUACUUUAAGUCCUUUCUUCUUUUACUUUUACUUUUUCUUUUACUUUACUCCAAAGAGAAAAAUGUAUGUUAUCUGUGUUUACAAAUUCACAAUAGUAUGUCUAUAAAAUGCGAAAUGAAAAACAAUU